CCAAAUCCUCAGGCACGCUUUGCUUUUCCUUCCUCCCCCGCCUGUUAUUCCGCCUUCUAUUUAGUCCUUCCAUAUCCCCUGGUACAUAUCGGUCGGCAGUAGCACAUUCAGCACAAGAUGAAGUUCUUCUCGGCCGCCAUCACGGCCUCAGCCAUUGCCCUGUCCACCCUGUCACCGGCCAACGCGCACCUUACUGGGACGAGAUGCGCGACUACCGCGUGCCGGCAAGCUCGCAGGUGCUGACCUCGGCGUGGGUCGGCGGUAACGGCCAGUCCAACAACUGCGUCACCAACGGUGUCCAGGCAAACUGGCAGAUGACCUACCCGAGCGCGCACUGCCUGCGUCGCCAGUUCGGCAACAACGGCAACCCGACGUCGUGGUACUCGCCCGAGUACAUCCAGUCGUUCAUCCAGCGUGACACGACCAUGGCCCAGUUCCGCCCCGACCUCGAGUACUCGCUCCACGGUGUCGUGCACAUCAACAUUGGUGGUGACAUGUACCAGACCUACAGCCCCAACGACGUCAUCUUCUGGCUGCACCACGCCAACCUCGACCGCAUCUGGUGGCAGUGGCAGAACGUUGCCAGCUCCAACGGCGCGCUUAACAACAUGUGGCGCAUGGACGGUCCCAACUUUGACAACUCGGCCAUUAGCCUGAGCUCCAACGUCGUUGCCUACAACGAGCCCAUCAACACCGUGAUGCAGCUCGGCUACGGCAAGAUGUGCUUCCAGUACACUAACGCCCCAGGCCCCGCCAGCGCCAUGUCUCGUCGCAGUGGCUCCACUGACCUCGUCAACAGCGUCGCCAGCGGCAUCACCAACCUGAUCUCCAAUGUCGCCUCAACGCUCAACAGCGACAAGGCUCUCCUCGAGAAGUGGUUCCCCAAGACCGCCGAGGAGGUUGCCAACCACUACAUUGUCCCUGUUGCCACCCUCUGGGCCGGCAACAAGAAGGAGAUCCCGUAUCCUGCCACCCUCACCCCCGAGUGGAUUGCCAUGCACAAGUUCAAGCAGGCUGACGUCCAGCGUGUUGAGAAUGACGCGCGCCAGUUUGUCAACGACAUGAAGAAGGCUGGAUACAAGUCACCGUACUAAUUUGAACGCCAGCCUGAGGCGCACACCAAACUCUACUUUUCUCUCCUAAUUGUACCUUUUAUCAACAAGCUUGAUCACAUAUGCCAUCUCAUGUCAUCUCGUGCCCAACACAAAGGAGGUGGAAACGCACGUUGGUUUUUCUGGCCUGCUGGCAGCCCUGCCUUUUCUUUUCUCGAAGGCGACAUCUCG